UGGGCGGUUCUGGGUUGCACCUGCGCGUGUUGCGGCACCCUGCACGCCGAUCGGAGAGAUGGCCGACACAUGUCCCACCUCUGCCACAACCGUGCGCUGCAUUAUAUUUGACCUCGAUGGCACGGUGCUGGACACGGAGACGCUGGUGCUGGAGGUGGUGAAAGUGGUGGUGGAAAGCCACGGCAAAUCGCUGACCACCGCGGCUGCGACGCAGGCGCUGGGCAUGCGGCCACUUGACGCCUGGGCUGCAGUGGCUCGCACGUUGGGCAUUGACAAGUCGGCAGAGGAGCUGUUUGCCCAGUCGGAACCCCUGCUGCGUGACAGGUGGCACGAGGCGCCGCUGCUGCCGGGCGUGGCGCGGCUGGUGGCCCACCUCAAGCUGCACGGCGUGCCGCUGGCGCUGGCCACCUCCACCUCACGCGCCACCCUGGACCGCAAGCUGAGCAGCAAGGACGACAUGCGGCAGGCGUUUGCGCAGGCGUGCUGCGGGGAUGAGGUGGCGCAGGGCAAGCCCGCCCCAGACUGCUUCCUGCAGCUGGCGCAGCGGCUGGGCCUGGCGCCGGGCGAGUGCCUGGUAAUCGAGGAUGCGCCCGCGGGCGUGCAGGCUGCUGCGGCGGCGGGCAUGCGCGUGGUGGUGGUGCCCAGCCUGGUGCUGCAGGGCGGCAAGCCCUCUGAGCUCUACACGGCGCCAGCACCCUCUGCCGCCGCGGGCUGUGUAUCGCUGCUGCCCUCGCUGCUGGACUUCCGCCCGGAGCAUUAUGGCUUGCCUCCCUUCACAGACUACAUUGGAGAAACAAUACCGAUGCACCCCGUGGUGCGCAUCAAGGGGACGGUUGUCAAGGGUUUUGGACGAGGCUCCAAGCAGCUGGGCAUCCCCACCGCAAACGUGGACCCCGACAGCCUGCGCACCGUGCUGGCAGAGGCGGUCACAGGAAUUUUUGCGGGCUGGGCGGCAGUUGGGCACUCGCCCAAGCUGUACAAGACGGCCUGCAGCAUAGGCUUCAAUCCAGUGUUUGGCAACCAGAGCAAGACAUGCGAGCCUUGGUUGUUGCAUGACUUUGGCGGCGAAGACUUCUGUGGCUCCGAGAUUCGGCUGAUCAUCUGUGCCUACAUCCGGCCAGAGGCCAACUUUCCCAGCCUCCAGGCCCUGAUCGAUCGCAUUCACAAGGAUGCAGCAGUGACGGAAGAGGCCCUUGAGGGUGACAUGUACCAGCAUUACAAGCUCGAUCCAUUCCUGGCUCCGCAGCCCGACGGCUGCGGUUGAUCAAAGGGAGGCGGCAUGAUGUGCCGGCUUUGCCAGCUGGCCAGCGUGGCUAUUGCAAUGGGCUUACACCUCAAAAACAGGCAACACAGGCAACACAGAAGGGAAAUGCAGACAAGAGAGCAACAUACGACGAUGCGGGGAACAGCAUGGACGGAGAGCGGGGGAGGGCCCCUCUACAUGCCUUGCCUGUCAACGGCCGAGUAGCGCCUGCCGGCGCCCGCCCCAGCGCGCUGCGGCAU